AUGGCUCCAGUCUACAACCCGCUACUAGCAGAAGCUUUCCCGUGGGGUUUCGCUCUGCAAGUCCGAGAGGAUGCCGGCGAUGAAGAUUCCAUCAGCGCGACAGCUCAAGAAUCUUGCUUGGGAAAAAUAUCCGGCCGUGACAGAGAUGUUCGUCCUCCCCGAAGCAAGCUGGCACCGGAAGUUGGAUAUUGUGCUGAGGGUGACCGCAGAUGUGACCAACAUAGAAGACUCGAAUGCGGAGGAGGUGGAAAAGGGGGAGCGAAGAAGAAUGAGAAGACAUGA